AUGCCCAGUCCGCAGGAGGUUGAGGUAUUCUUUCGCCAACUGGACGUUGAUGGAAAUCGCAAGAUCUCCGCAGAUGAUCUCCUUCAAUGCCUGAACCUGGAAGGCAUCACAAAGGCAGAUUUUGAGGAAUUUAUCGCCUCAUUCGACGUCAACGACGACGGCUGCCUGGACGAGGACGAACUGCGUAAUGUCUUACUGUCACUGGGUUUCUAG